CCCGACCCGAUGAUGUCGUGAUUGCCCCUGUCCUGUCUUUCUUUUAUAUCGGACUGGUCAGGUCGUCUCCAUUGUGUUCUGUCUACAUCAUCUCUUGCCUCCCACUUCAGUUCCAGUCCUUCCGUCAUCCCUCCAAGUCUGUCGAGCCAUUACAUAUAGACCCGCUUGUAUUUCAUCUGCUCGUCGUUGGGAUUGACUUGUCUACGAUAUACCCUGUCAUUCGACUACUCAUUCACCAUGCCUGCGAAGACAUCUGAGAACUACCCCUCUGCCUAUGAGGCUGCCGACAUUGCCACCGACUCUGGCUAUGUCAGUGGUGGCUCUAGUGAUGACUACUCCCCAGAAAUCGUCUUCACUAAGCCUCACUUGAACUUCCUCAACAGACAAUUGCAGUUUCUUGAGCCUCAAGAUGUGCUGAGAUGGUGUGUCACCUCUUUGCCUCACCUCUACCAGACCACCGCUUUCGGUCUCACUGGUCUUGUGACCCUGGACAUGCUGUCCAAGCUGGACGUGCCCCGGCCCCAGAUGGUUGAUCUCAUCUUCCUCGACACCCUCCACCACUUCAAAGAGACCCUGGAUCUGGUCGACCGUGUCCGCCAGAAGUAUCCUUUGGUCAACAUCCACGUCUUCAAGCCUCAGGGUCUCGAAACCGAGGAAGAAUUUGCCCAGAAGUACGGUGCCCGUCUCUGGGAGAAGGACGACCAGUUCUACGACUGGGUGGCCAAGGUUGAGCCUGCCCAGCGUGCCUACCGCGAACUCAACGUUCACGCUGUCCUUACUGGACGUCGUCGCAGCCAGGGUGGCAAGCGUGGUGAUCUCGAUGUCAUCGAGGUUGACGAGGCUGGCCUGAUCAAGAUCAACCCUCUCGCCAACUGGACCUUCGAGCAGGUCAAGCAAUAUGUCCAAGAAAACGAUGUUCCCUACAACGAGUUGCUCGACCGUGGUUACAAGAGCAUUGGCGACUACCACUCCACCCAGCCAGUCAAGGAGAACGAAGAUGAGCGGUCUGGUCGCUGGAAGGGCCAGGAGAAGACCGAGUGCGGUAUCCACAACCCUCGCUCCAAGUAUGCUCAGUUCCUCAUGGAGAUGGAGCGUAAGCGUCAAGAGGAGGCCCUAUCUCAGGCCCUUCAGACGUCCUUGACGACGUCCGCUCAGUAAAGGCCGCUUGUCUUCUUUCUCA